AUGGUGUCAGCGGAGCAGCGCAAAAAAGUCGGCCAGCUAUUUGCUGUUGGCUUUCACGGCCGGGAGAUUAACAGGGAAAUCACAACUCUGAUCCGUGACUACGGUGUCGGAGCAAUUGUCCUGUUCAAGCGCAACGUGCUUGAUGCCGCACAGCUCCAGGCGCUGUGUUUGGGUCUCCAGAAGCUUGCCAAGGAUGCAGGCCACAGCCAGCCUCUAUUCAUUGGAAUAGAUCAAGAAAAUGGAUUGGUUACUCGCAUUUCACCACCCGUUGCCUCUCAGCAGCCCGGCCCUAUGACUCUCGGCGCCGCUGGUUCUCUCGACUCUGCCUAUGAGGUUGGAAAGGCCACGGCCGAGAUGCUGCGAUACUUCGGCAUCAACAUGAACUACGCCCCGGUUGGCGAUAUCAACUCAGAGCCACUAAACCCCGUGAUUGGUGUCCGAAGCCCCAGCGACCAAGCAGAAACAGUGUCCAAAUUCGCAGCCGCCUGCACAAAAGGACUGAGAGAGCACAAAGUCGUGCCAUGUAUCAAGCACUUCCCAGGCCAUGGAGAUACCGCCGUGGAUUCACAUUACGGAUUGCCCGUCAUUGAUAAAUCAAGGGCUGACAUGGAGAAACUGGAACUGAUUCCGUUCCGCGAUGCCGUUGCCGACAACAUUGAGAUGAUCAUGACGGCUCACAUUUCUCUCCCACAGCUAUUGAAGGAUGGCUUACCUGCAACUCUGUCCCCAGAUAGUAUUGGAAUCUUGCGAAAUGAGUGGAAAUAUGACGGUGUCAUCAUGACUGAUUGUCUUGAAAUGGAUGGCGUCCGAGCGACUUAUGGCACUGUUGAAGGAUCACUCAUGGCAUUCCAGGCGGGUGUUGACAACGUCAUGAUCUGCCAUACUUUCGACGUGCAAUCGGCAGCUGUUGAUCACGUCUGUGAAGCUAUUAACACCGGAAAGCUCUCUCAGGAGAGAGUUGACGAAUCACUGGAGCGUCUCCGAAAGCUAAAGGAUAGAUACACGAACUGGGAUGUCGCUCUCCACGCAGAGCCGCCAGCGACAUUAGCAGCAAUCAACGAGAGAGGAGAGAAGCUCGCUCACCAAGUAUAUGCAGAUGCAACUACGCUUGUCCGGGCCCAAGAGGGUCUUCUGCCCCUCAAGUCGACCACAAAGAUUGCAUUUGUCUCUCCCGGGCCCGAUGUGCCCAUCGGCGGAGCUGUUGAUAGCGGCACUCUGCCAACUCGCGUUCCUUGGAUUGGGGAGACCUUUGGAGAUCGUAUCCGUAACAGAGCGCCUCAAUUUUCCGAUGUCCGAUUUACCAACUCUACUCUAACCGAUGAGCAGUGGAAGCAGGUGGAGGAGGCUGAUGUUGUUAUUUUGACCACUCGCAAUGCCCGUGAGUCGAAAUACCAGAAGGAGCUCGGUCUAGAAAUUGCCAAGAGGCGUGGUACAUCGCCCUUGAUCUCAAUUGCAACAUGUGCGCCGUAUGACUUUUUGGAUGAUGUUCAGAUUGGCACUUACAUCGCUGUCUAUGAGCCGACAGUCGAAGCAUUUUCUGCGGCGGUAGAUAUUCUGUUUGGUGAUGCGCAGCCAAGAGGAAAGCUCCCGGUGGCGCACUGA